AUGUCUGCACUUCGAAAGAAAUUUGGGGACGAUUAUCAGGUAGUGACCACCUCAUCUAGCGGGUCUGGAUUCAAUCAGCCUCCCCCAGAGAAAAAGAAGAAGAGGCAGCGGUUCGUGGACAAGAACGGGCGAUGUAACGUCCAGCAUGGCAACCUGGGUGGUGAAACCAGCAGAUACCUCUCAGACUUAUUCACAACACUAGUAGAUUUGAAAUGGCGCUGGAAUCUAUUUAUUUUCAUCCUCACCUACACGGUCGCUUGGCUCUUCAUGGCCUCCAUGUGGUGGUUCAUCGCGUACAUCAGAGGAGACCUCAACAAAGCCCACAAUGAUAAGUACACUCCAUGUGUGGCCAACGUCUACAACUUUCCCUCAGCCUUCCUGUUCUUCAUAGAGACCGAGGCCACGAUAGGAUAUGGUUACAGAUACAUUACAGACAAAUGCCCCGAGGGGAUCAUUCUGUUUCUGUUCCAGUCGAUCCUGGGAUCGAUCGUCGAUGCGUUUCUGAUCGGCUGCAUGUUCAUCAAGAUGUCUCAGCCCAAGAAACGGGCCGAGACUUUGAUGUUCAGUGAGCAUGCAGCGAUUUCUAUGCGAGAUGGAAAACUCACUCUCAUGUUCAGGGUCGGCAACCUGCGUAACAGCCAUAUGGUCUCUGCACAGAUCCGCUGCAAAUUACUGAAAUCUCGCCAGACGCCCGAAGGCGAGUUUCUUCCGCUGGAUCAGCUGGAGUUGGACGUAGGUUUCAGCACCGGGGCAGACCAGCUCUUCCUCGUCUCACCACUCACGAUCUGCCAUGUGAUUGACACCAAAAGCCCCUUCUACGACCUCUCCCAGAGGUCCAUGCAAACAGAGCAGUUUGAAAUCGUGGUGAUAUUAGAAGGAAUAGUAGAGACCACAGGGAUGACCUGCCAAGCGAGGACGUCAUACACCGAGGACGAGGUUCUGUGGGGACACCGCUUCUUCCCGGUCAUCUCCUUGGAGGAGGGUUUCUUUAAGGUGGACUACUCUCAGUUUCAUGCCACGUUCGAGGUGCCCACUCCUCCGUACAGCGUGAAGGAGCAGGAGGAGGCCCUGCUCCUCUCCUCGCCCCUCAUGGCGCCGUCUCUCUGCAACAGCGGGGAGAAGAACAGCUCUCUGGACUGCCUGGAGACCCUGGAGGACAAUGACAGCACCACCAAGCUGCCGACCAAGCUCCAGAAGAUCACGGGGCGGGACGGACUGCCCAAGAAGCUGCUGAGGAUGAGCUCCACCACCUCAGAGAUGACUUACAGCUUUGGAGACCUGCCCAUGAAGUUGCAGCGAAUCAGCUCCGUCCCUGGUGUCUCUGAUGAUAAGCAGGCUGGUAAGGCGGCCAAGAUCAGCACAGAGCCCAUCAGUAAGUCGGUGGCGGACUUGCCUCCCAAGCUGCAGCGGCUGGCUGGGGGAGGAGGGGGCAGGAUGGACGGACACCUGCCGCCUAAACUUAGAAAGAUGAAUUCAGAUCGCUUUACAUAA